UUUAGAUGCAUCGUCACUUUUAAAUAAAACCGUUCGUAAUAAAAAUAGACGAUCCAUCGGUUAUACUAAAUUAUCGAUAAAAGAUGGAUAUGCCGAUAGAAAGAAUUCGAAAUUGUUUGAGGAUAACGGUCGUGAUAUUGUUGGCUUUCGCGCUGAUUUUCACUUUCCUUUGUCCAAUUCUGGCAUCUUUGAAGAGGUCGGAAGUCCAUACACCGUAAAUGAAGCCAUGGAAUAUAG